CAGGAGAUGGCGAAAAUCAAGCGCCUUGAGAUGGAGAAAGCCAACAAAGCUGCAACGAUUGCCGGCUUGAACAUGUACAGAAAGGUCUUAUAUGACAACACCGCUCUCAUCCUUACUACGUGGAAAGACCACACCAAGAAUGAGUUGUUGGCAAGGAAGCUUGAGAAGGACAUGCGCGACCACAAGAAUGAUCUCGAUAAUGUGAAGAAGGAGCAGAGGCUGAAGAAUGAUCGGGUCAGGCAGCUGGUUGCCUCAAACAUGUUCGCCAAGGACAAGAAGGAGGUGUUGAGCGACGCCUUCGCCAAGUGGGUCAUCAGCUGGAGGCAGACCGUCCUCGAGCAGAAGCAGCACGAAGAGCGGAUUCAGCACAAGGAUCAGAUGGAGAAGAUGAGGCGAGCAGAAGCUGAGAAGAAAGAGAAAAUGAAGUCAUUGAUGGUGUCGCAGUUCAAUGCCACAGGCAACCGGGCGCUGCUUCACAUUUGCGUCAACAAUUGGCGCUUGGUGUGGGAAGCCACCAAAGUGGAGCGACAGCAAGCGCUGGCCGUCGAUCAGCUGACUGGCAAACUGAGGCAGCUUGAUAAGAAGACAAACGACAUGGUGAACCGAACCAAGGACAAGUUGUCUCAGGCCUUUUAUGGUCGUGCCAAGUCGGAGCUGCUUGCUUUGGUGAUGUCUGCGUGGCGGGCUGAUGCCAAGGAGGAGGUCCUCUUGCGCCGCAAGGCGGAGCUUGCUAGCAGCUAUGAAAAGGACCUGAAGUUGAUGCAAAAGAAGCAGAGGGACUUCGAGGCCAUGGCCACAGAGAAGAUGGCCAAGUCUGCCCUUAGCCAGCUGACUGGUGCAACCUUAUCCGUGUGCCUGCUCCAGUGGAGAAAUUUUGUGAAGGAAAGCAAGCAGGAGCGCAGAGAGGCGGAGAUGAGGCAGCAGCUGGAAGAGGAGUUGAAGAAGCAAAAGCGAGAAGCAGAGAAGCUGAAUGACAGCAAGUCCCGGCAAAUCGCCAUGAACAUGGUCAGCUUCGAGCGCAACAGCACCAUGUCUGUGUGCAUUGUGGCCUGGCGCCAGCAGACACAGAUCUCGAAGAAGGAAGCAGAGGAGGCCGCAGCAAAGCAACAGUUGCAGCAGGACCUCAACAAAACAAAGUCGAAAGCGGAGAAGGUUAUGUUGGCAACCAGAGAUCGAAUGGCCGUGCAGCUGCUAGGCCAGCAGAACACCCACCUGCAGUCCGCAAUCUUUGGGCUUUGGCGGACCAUAGCCAAGGAGGAAAAGAUGGCGACACAGCAGGCAGAGAAGGAGCGCCUGAACAAGGUGGAGCUGGCACGGCUCGAUGGUCAGCGGCGUGAAGCUGCGAAAGAGAAGGCCUACCGAACGGCGGCGCGAUUCUUUCAGAACCACAAUGGCUCCCUCUUGGCGGAGACCUUCAUCCAGUUCCGUAAGUGCGUGGAGAUCAGCCUGGAGGAGAGAAAGACGGAGGAGGCGAGGCGGCUCCACGAGGAAGAGGUGAGAAGGAUGGAGAGGCUGCACAGUGACCGCAGGGCAAAGUUCAUCGCUACAUCCGUUCAAGGCAAGGAGAGGAUGCUGCUCUUUGGGAAUGUGAAGCAAUGUCUGCUGGCCUGGAGUCAGCUGGUGCUCCAAAGUCAGAUAGAGGUGGCUCGCAAUGAGCAGGAAGACAAGCACAAAGAGGAGAUGAACGAGGUGAAGUCCUUGCUGGUAAACCACUCCAAAAAGAACGGGGUAUAUGCCGCGCUAAGUCAUGAAGCAGCAAACCACCAGUAUCUGCUGCAGCGUCUGCUUGGAGUUUGGAAGGAGUACAGGGCGGAGCAGGCUGUGCAGAGAAUCUACGAGGAACGGAUCUCCCAGAUGAUGGUCCAGUUCGAAGACGACACUGCUGAGCUGAUGCAUGCACAGGGAUUGAAGAUCUACAACCUGCGUCUCGCACUGGCAGAGAUGAAGGGUCGAUGUGAGCGCAAGCUGAUGUUUCAGUACUGCCUGCAGAAGUGGGACGAGUGCAAAUACCAGCGGCAACUUGAGAACGAACUCGGCCAGGUGAAUGAACGCCAUGAGGACGAGCUGGCAGAGCUGGUGCAUGCGCAGGGUGUGGCCAAGCACAGGAUGGUUCUGAAGUCGCAAGGGAGGUUCCUCACAGGCGUCAAGCGGCAAGAGAUGCAGCGCCACUUCCUGGCUUGGUCUCAUGUGAAGCGUCUCACCAGCUCUGCCGCCGCUGAGCUGCUGGCUGUGGCCAAAGCCAAGCAGAGCUUGGAGAAGGACAACGAAGUCAGGAAUCUGAAGGCUCUGCGGCUGAAAGAUCAUGUUGUGCAGCACGUGGGGAAGACCAUUCUCUUCGUACGUCUCAAGGACAUCUGGCUGGCGUGGCUGCACCAGGUGCUUCUGCACCGCCUAGAAGUCCAGCAGGAGAAGCAAGAUCGACUGCACAGAAAGGAAAUCCAAGUGAUCCGCAAGGAAGCUGAGGAAGCGCAACAGUCGCUGGGAGACCGGAUGCACCAGGAGCUGGAGCAAGUGGGUCGCGAGUCGUACCUGCGGGACAUGCUACUGGCGUGGCAAACCGUGGUCAAGAGCAUGCGCUCACACCGCAGCUACCAUGGGACCAUGGACCAGAUCCGCCAAGAGGCCGAGCAAGACAUCAAGGUCAAGGAGAAGAAGAACUUGGAGAAGCUGUCCGUCUUUGCCGUGCAGAGCGCAGAGCUUCUUGUCCGCCGCCGCAAGAAGGAACCCUUGCUCGUGAUCUUCAUGAAUUGGCGCCUGGUGCAGGACCGGGAGAAGUACCAGGAGUACUCGAUCACAAUAAAGCAGCAGAUUGCGGACACGCACGACAAGCACGUGGAGACUUUGCGCGUGAUAGAGGAAAAGAAACAGGCGUCAUACUGGAAGCUUGCAACGUUGUCCUUUAUCGUCCGGGAAAAGGUGAUCCUCAGACUCUACAUCCUGCAUGUUUGGCGAGAGGCCUGCAUGUGGACCAAGAAGAUGCACAAGCAUUUGCUGAGGAAGCAGGGUGACCAGGUUGCAGCACACAGCAAGGAGGUCUCUCUGCUUACCACAUCGAUGCUGGUGCAUACGCGGGAGCUUUCUCUCCUUACAAAGGUGAUGUGCCAGUGGCGGCAGCAAGUGGAACGACACUUCAAUCAGCAAGCGCUGGAACUCAAGGACGAAGAGAACUCGCAGAGGGUGAAGACGUCCGUCUUUGAAGAGCGCCUGGCCGGCUCCAAGCGUGCCCAGGUUUUGAUCAAGUGGGUCCUCCAAUUGGAUCUGCAGACGCAGUCCAAAUGGAUUACUGCCUGGGCUGGCGAGGUGAAGUAUGCAAAGGUCGAACGUUCCUUGGAGGUCGAAAAGGAAUCGCAUGGGCGGAGUGUUGUGAAAGCCGAAGAAACGAUGGCAAAGCAUCAGGAUGCGUUGGUGCCGUAUUGGCUGCGGCUGAAGCGUCAGAUGACACUGAUGCGCUACUUCCCAGCCUUCUGCUUCAUUCCCUAUGUCAACCAAACGGAGGCCCACCUGCAGAAGACGAUCGAAAAGCUUGACAAGAAGAGGGAGCGCCAGAUUGAGGACAUGUACAAGCUCCGCAGGAAAAGUGUGGCCGCUGCUGGAGAGGUGCUGAACUUCUUCCGAGCUCAGCGGGAGAUGCAGAUGACUAUGGCCUUGGUCCUGGUGGUGUGGUUGGAGUACGCGGCCGAGCGGAUGGCCACUCGUCGCUGGGGCGAGCAGCGUGAAGUCAAGAUGAGGCUGGAGAACGAGCUGAAGGUGCUGCAAGACAAGACCUGGCACUUGAAGGUAGACACCAAAAAGGGCAAGGACCUCACCGACACCUGUCGGCACAUGGCCGAGUGGACAGGGCAACUGCUGAUGGAAAUCAGCGUUCUUCAUGCUUGGGGUUGCUGGAGGCUGUGGCACGUGCGGGAGGCGCAUGCGAAGGUGCUCACGAAGGCAAACAACCACGCAGAGGCCCGGGUUAUGCAGGAAAAGCUGAGAGCCCAGCUGAAGAAGCAGAAGGACGAGGUGGUGAUGUCCAAUGUCAUGGUAGCAGCGAGCGACAUCUCCUUGGCGAAGUUCUCCUUCCGCGUGUGGUGGAACCUUGUCCGGGAUGACAAAGAGCAUCGCUCAAAGACAACAGCUCGCCAGGAGCACAGACGAGAAAUGUUUGACCUGAAGCAAGACAUGAUUGCCAAGCUCAGGGCCUCUAACACACGCGAAAACCAGCUGAAGGACCUGCAGCAGGUCCUGAAGUGCCUGGUGGCCUGGUCUGCAGAUGUGAAAGCCGAGCACAUGGCUGCAGAUCUUCUUGGGCAAGAGGAACAGAAGCGCCAGGGCUUGGAGGAGCAGAUCCAGAAGGCCCAGCAAGACCUCACCGUGGAAACUGCGGCUCGGAAGGGCGCAGAAGCGGAGGCCCGGACGGCCUCAGAGCUGCUCCACCACAAUGGCAUCCAAUUUCCUCCCAACCCCAAGGAUCCGCCAGAAGUGAGGGAGCGGGCCAUGCUGCCGGUGGAGCGCGUGGCUGCCGCCCUGCAGCGCGUCUACCGGAGGCGCUUGACUGCUGCACUUGUUGCGAUGCUCACGACUGCGCCCCGCAAGUUGGCCUGGUACGAGAGAACAGAGAAAGCGCCCAGUCCCAUUGAAGACAAGAGUCGAAGCAGAGCGAAGCCAAAGCCCCUGGCCCUACCGUUCGCGCCAGCGCCCUCUGGCGUGGCAUCUACCCUGGACUUCCUGGCGCGAACUCGGCAGAUGGUGGAAGGUCAGAGCGCUUCUCCAAAGAAGUCACCUGAGCGUCUUCCUGGCUUUGGAUCUUUGGAAGUGCCUCAGAGCCCUGGAGCGGACAGGCCCAAGCUGGUUGCAGUUCCACGCUCGCAGCCAAACCUCGUCAUUACGGGUGUGAGCUCCAGCCCGACGUCACCUCAAGCACCUCCCCAGUCUCCCCAGCAGCUCAUUGAGGAGCAAAUGAAUUUGCAGGACAGGCUCGCCAGCCUGCAGUCGACCAUGCAGCGAAUGCAUGACCCAGAGUCAAGGACUACAAGAUAGAGGCGGGAACGCAUCGAGCGGUCCGCGAGGCAUUUCUUGCCAUUCUGAGCCAAGAACGCCUUGGGCCAGUGCUCCGUUCCGUUAAUGCCGCGGGUGCCCAUGUACCCAUCAUGUACCCAUCAUGUAGCCAUGUGGCGCAGGUUGAUAAUGCUAGCCCAGGCCCCGUGCUUGGGGUCGGGCCUAAGCCUGAGGUCGACUCCGGU